AUGGUUCCUCUCUUCAGCCCCUCUGUCUUUGGCCGUUUCAAGGAUAGCCAUAGCCGUUUUACUUCCAGUGCCUCCUCUCAGAAGUCGCCUCCAUCACCAAUGUCGCCCUCACAGCCUCCGUCAGAGCCGAUGGCGAUACUGCUCAUCGGCCCCAAACAGCAGCGCUUCAAAGUCAAUAAACGGCAGCUAUGCGCAAUCUCUCCUUUCUUUGCUGAGCGAUUUGGUGGUCCUUCAAGUCCAAAAUCGAUAUCACUAUGGCUUCCUCGCGAAUCAUCCUCAAUGUUCAGUCUGUUUGUCGAUUGGGUUCACCUUGGCCUUCGCUUCCGCCCACAUCUUGAUGAGUUGAUGGCCGGUGCUUACGAUGCCGGCCUGGAAGCCUCUCAAAAUAUUCACUGGUCUUUAAUUCGCCUGCACCUUUUUGCUUCUCGUCUCGGUCUCUAUCGCCUCCAGGACCUCGCCAUGGAUGCCAUUCAAGAUCUCUACCUCCGUUGCGACUGGGAUGUUCCCUCUGGACUUAUCACCUUCCUCUACACAGAAUGCGAAGACCUCGCUGCCAUCCGGCUUAGGCGUUGGGCUGUCGCUAUGGUUGCUUUCUCUUUCACUGGUGGACCUCGUUUAACCUUCCACCCUCAGGAAUCUGCUGUUUCAGAACCAACCCGCUUCAGUGAUCUGCUUGAGGAACUCCCAGAAUUUGCAGCCGACUACGACAUCCAUAUGGAGAAAAUGCGACUCUCAGGGCUCGAUAUUCGCUUCAAGAACCCCCAGCUACGCAUUCCAGCCAAUCGUCUCCGCAAUGAUGAACGUGCGUUUGGGUUCCGUCAGUGUUCCUUCCACUCACAUCGCUCAAGUGUCGGCGAGCGUCGAUGUCCACAUGAGUCUGGUUCAACAAGAUAUCGCCGUGUUCGUCCAUCAACAGCAAAGGAGCAAGGGCCAGAGUCGACAGGCCUAUCUGCACCAACCCGGAGGUAUCGCGACGUCGUGCCAAGGCCACUCUUCUCUGGACCAUCAGACUCGGAUAUUGGAGAGGACGACGACGACGAAAUUUCACAAGCGAUAAAGCACGUGAGAUCAAUCUCAAGUACGCUCAAAGUCUGA